AUGUCCGGGUUGACGCUCGGCCUCAUGUCGCUGAGCCCCGUGGACUUGGAGGUGCUGGUGCAGAGCGGCACGGCGGACGAGCAGCGGCAGGCGGCCGCGAUUAUCCCUGUAGUGGAGAAACAACACGAGCUGCUGGUCACGCUGCUGCUGUGCAACGCAGUUGCGAUGGAGGCCCUGCCGGUGUUUCUCGACCGCCUGGUCCCUCCAGCUGUCGCCAUUGCACUCUCCGUCUCCUUCGUGCUGCUCUUUGGUGAGGUGAUUCCGCAAGCGGUGUGCUCGAGGUACGGGCUGGCAGUGGGCGCCAAUCUCAUUCCCCUCGUGCGCUGCCUCAUGCUUCUCUGCUGGCCCAUCGCCUUCCCCAUCGCCAAGGUGUUGGACUAUCUGCUGGGGCACGAUGACCCGCUCUUCAGGCGCCAGCAGCUCAAGGCACUCGUCAGCAUCCACGGUGCAGAGGCGGGCAUGGGAGGGGAGCUGACUCGCAGUGAGACCACCAUCAUCAGUGGCGCUCUUGAUCUCACACAGAAGACAGCAGAGGAGGCAAUGACCCCCAUAGAGUCGACCUUUUCUCUCAGCGUCAACUCGCGCCUUGACUGGGACACGAUGGGGCGCAUUCUAGCAAGGGGCCACAGCCGGGUGCCGGUGUAUCGGGGCCAUCCCAGCAACAUAAUCGGGGUUCUACUCACCAAGACGCUCCUCACCGUGCGCCCCGAGGAUGAGACCCCUGUCAGCUCCAUCUCCAUCCGCCGCGUCCCCAGGAUGGCAGCGAGCUUGCCGCUGUACAGUGUGCUGAACGAGUUCCAAAAGGGCAGCUCGCACAUGGCCGUGGUCGUCAAGAAGAAAACCCCGCCCCCUCCCACCCAUGCUUCCCUCGCUGCUGCCGCUGCUGCUGCUGCCGCCGCCGCCGGUGGUGGUUCUGCUGGUGCUGCUGGUGGGGGUAUGGGGGCGGUGCAAGCAGGGGAAGUGCAAGUGGGGCAGGCAGAUGUGCUGACGAUCUCAAUGCCCACGAGCACAUCGGAGUCCUCUCAGCACGCACUCUUCAACGACCCCACCUACUGUGAGACCCACAGCCAGGGAGGCAACAGCCGCCGCAACUCAGAAGACCUGCACGAGCAUGGUUAUGGCUAUGGGGGUGGGUAUGAGUAUGGGAGUGGGAAUGCGUAUGGGUAUGGACGGAGUCAGAACAGUCAGCAGCAGGAGCCCAGGACGCCUCCCCCUCAGGGGCACGCACAAGGCACUGUGUUCCGAGGAGCAUCCACUGGAGAUUCACCCUUGCAGCGCUCCCUCACUCCUCCUCCUGGCCAUUACCAUCAGCAUCCGCACGAGUCUCACCAUCAGCAGCAGCACUAUCGGUUUGAGCGCCCCAGGACGCCCCCGCCUGUGCUGCUGGCUGCAGAAACAGCGGCUCUGGCGACUGGAGGGUCUUCCGCUGCUGCUGCCUUCGCUGCUGCUGCUGCCAGUGCGGGAUACGAGCACACCCAUGGGGUCGCUGGUGCUCCUGGUGCUGCUGCUGGGUUUGAGCAUACCCACGCGCCUGCUGUGGCAGAGGCAGGGUUGGGACUAAUCCACACGGAGGCACAUGCACCCAAGCGUGUGCAGUGGCAGGAGCACCCAGGCAUGCCUCGUGCAGGCCUGUCUGUGGGCGCUGCAUCUGGUACUCGUGCAGGCCUGUCUGUGGGCGCUGCAUCUCGUACUCAUGCAGCAGGUGCAGCAGGGGGGGCGGUAGGAGCAGCAGCAGCAGGUGGGCUAACAGGGGGCGGAGCAGGAGGGUGGGCAGGGUGCGGAGCAGGGGGUGCAGCAGCGGGGGGAGCAGGGGAGGAGGAGAGUAUAGAUUUGUGUGCAGCUGUGUGCGGUCGUGAGACGGAAAGUUUUAAUCGAGGAGCUAUUGCAGGUGCGUUGGCUGGUUGA